AUGGUCACCAACCUCAGUGUCUACCGUUUCGAGGACGGCACGUUCGACGAGUUCUUCGAGUACUUCUUGAAGAAGGACUUCGGCUAUGGCUCCUAUUUUGACCACGUAGCCACGGGCUACGCAUUGAGAGACAGGCCCAACGUGCUCUUCCUCACUUACGAGCAGCUAAAAAGAGAGACUCGCGAAACAGUGCUAAGCUGGCGCGCUUUCUUGGCGAUCGCCAUGGAAGGCUUAUCGAAGAUGACGAAAACGGCUUGCUUGACCAAAUCCUGGACAGUCUUCACCCAGCCGCAUGAAAAGUGUCGUUGUGAUGAACUUGCGCAGCCAGGAGUGGGAGGUCAUGAUGACCAGAACAACAUGACCUGCAAGAAUGGUUACGACGGGGACUGCAAAAAAUAUGGUAUUGUGAGGAAUGCUCAAAUUGGUGAUUGGAAGAACUACUUCAAGCCUGACCAACUUCAGCGCCUCGAGGCAAAGAUUAGAGCUGAAGGGGAGAAAGCUUCGUUUAUGAAUUUGUGGGCAGACAUUCGGAAGGAAGCGCUUGAAGUAGCUUGUUCGUAA